AUGAAGGGAAUCAUGAGGUUUGGAAAGAAGGGCAAGUUGAGUCCGAGAUAUUUAGGAACCUUUGAUGUACUGGAGAGGAUUGGAGCUGCAGCUUAUAGGUUGGAUCUUCCACCGCAGUUGUCUGCCAUUCAUGAUGUUUUUCACAUCUCUAUGCUUCGGGAGUAUAUACCAGAUCCGACACACAUUUUAGAAUAUGAACCUCUCCAAGUUCGCGAGGAUCUCACCUACGAGGAGUUUCCAGUUGGGAUCCUAGCACAAAAGACUCAAGUCCUCAGUAAGAAGACCAUUCCGAUGGUCAAAGUACUUUGGAGUAACCACACGGAAAAAGAGGCUACAUGGGAACUAGAGGAGGACAUGAAGAACAAGUACCCAUACUUGUUUGAUUGA